AUGAAGAUCAAACUCAAGAACCCUGCCGCGCCCGCGGGCGACGCACCAGCACCAGCACCACCGGCGUCCGCACCUGUAGCCCAAGAAGAAGCUGGGACCGCUGCGCCCGCAAAGAAACUCAAGCUCAACAUCAAAACCGCGGCUCCUGCAGCUCCUGCAGAUAACACCGAAGACGGCGACGCCCCAAAGACGAAGCGCAAGCCGGGCCCCAAGAAGCGAGCUCGUGAGGACGGAGACGACGUGGACUCACCUGCCGCCAAGCGCAAGCCGAAGCCGACGGCAAAGAGCCUAGCCAUGGGCAAUGAUAGCAGCGAUGAGGACGACCUCAUGGCCGAGCCGCCCGCCCCCGCGAGGCCACCAAUCCAGUCCGCGCCAAAGGGGAAAAUAAAGCUUACGAUCAAGCCAAAGGCAGGCGGCCCUGCCGCGCCCCCAAGGACAGCGACGAUGCUGAAAGUCAAAGGAGCUGGAAAGGCACCAGUGCGGCCAUAUGGUGUAGGCUACGACAGCGAGGCAGACGAGGCCGAAGUGGAUCCGGCGAUAGAGUCUCAGUUCAUACUGCGCAUGCAGCCAGGGCCAGACUGCGAUCUUCUGCGCAAGUCUAUCGAGGAGAAGACGAUCGGCAAGAGCUUGUCGCAAGGCGGACCCGGAGUCUACUUCCGCUUCUUCGACAAGGAGGGACGCCGUGCCAUGGUCACCAUCCAGGGUCACAGUUAUGCUGCAUCCAUGGUCGAGCUCCCUACCGUCAUUGAGACCAUGAAGAGCUGGAACAAGAAGGACUGGGUCAAGACUGCUGAUGUCUGUCAGAUGCUGUUGGUACUAGGCAGAGUUUCUAGUGAAGACGAAGCCAAAAAGUUCCCACGCCCCUCAUUCAUCGAGCCAGAUUCCCAUAGAUAUCCACAUGGCAUCACCCCACCUAUGCGAUGGGCCCGCAAACUGCGGUUCCGACCGCGCAAAUCCUAUCUCGACGUUGAGCGUGCGGAAGCACAGAUGAAUCGACUUCUCCUUGAAGACGAGAAUGCCGAGUCGACAAAGUACGAGCUGGUGGAUAGUGACCAUGAGACUUCCGAAGAGGAGACCGACUCAGAAGAUGAAGGAGAGGACGAAGAGAUGGCAGAUACACAACAGGUAGAGCAGACGCCCAUUGACGAGAUUGAUGGGGAUGAUCUGGAGGCAAUGCUGCAGGAGGGCCUCAUGGAAGACGAGAACAUUGAGAUACAAGGCGACUCACAGGUCAUCAACUCUCUGCUGGGCAGCGAAACUCCAGGUGCAGAGCCCGCGACACCUGCGACAGCCCACGACGUCGCUCUGCAUGCACUCAAGAAUGGCCUCACGUUGGAGACGGAAACCGCAGCUUCCACCCCUGCUGCAGCGACCUCUGCGGAUGAUGACGACGACGAUGAUGACGACUCGGACGAUGGAGACGACGUCGACGAUGCGGCAGUCCAGGAGGAGCAGCGGAAAGAACAGCUGCGCGCUGAAAUUGCAGAACUGGAUAAGGCCAUUCAAGCAAAUAUGGAAGCCCGCGACAGACAGACGAACCAGAUUUUCAAGAAGCGCAUGCAGACCAACAUCGAUAAGCAAAAGGCCGACCGCGAGAUUAAACGCAAGCAGCUGGACGAGGAUGUGGACGAGUAG